CGGCGAAGGGGAUUGUCGCCGACCGUGCGGACUUCUGAUGGUGGAGCCGAAAGGAGGCUUGAACCGGCGUAUUGUUUCUGAAUGAAAAUAUAACUACUGAAGUGAACCUGCGUUAUUAGGGCAUUUAUUUGUACAGUAGCAUAUUUGUUUUUGUACAACAUGAAGUAUUUAAUGUUUUAAUUUUGUACAGUAUUUAUACUUAAUACUUAUAGGAUGCAAGCUUUGCCUUUGUUAGAAGUUUAGGCCUACAGUGUGCCACCGCUUGUCGAUUUUAACAAUAGCCGCGAUCUACUCCCCUGCUUGUUGGCAGUGUUGAUGCCAUAUGAAGAUUUCUUGAAGGGACCGAUGAAGAACAUAAACAAAUAAACACAUCUAAAUGGGAUUGUGUAUUUGAGAAAAUUGCGAAAUUUAUGGACACAUUUUUCGCCGGACCUGAAGUAAUUUUUGCAAGGUAAAGGCGUACAUCUCGAAAAUCUAGUGAGACACAAAAGGACGAUGUCCAACGGCGCAGCAGGAAGCGGGGGUCUGACUUGGGUGACCCUCUUUGAAAAGAACAAUGCCGCCAAAAAAGAGGAGGCCAACGGCAGGGGCGAGGGUGGCAAGAGUGAGAGCAGCAAGAAGGACAGUUCCAAGAAGAUAUCCGUGGAACGGGUGUACCAGAAGAAGACCCAGCUGGAGCACAUCCUGCUCCGUCCAGACACCUACAUCGGCUCCGUGGAACCUGUCACUCAGCAAAUGUGGGUUUUCGAUGAAGACGUUGGAAUGAACCAGCGAGAAAUAACAUAUGUGCCCGGAUUAUACAAAAUCUUCGAUGAAAUCCUGGUGAACGCGGCAGACAACAAACAGCGGGACAAGAACAUGUCCGCCAUAAAGAUUACAAUCGAUCCUGAGUCCAACACCAUCUCCAUCUGGAACAAUGGGAAAGGAAUCCCCGUGGUGGAACACAAGGACGAGAAGAUGUACGUCCCCGCUCUCAUCUUCGGACACCUCCUCACCUCCAGCAACUACGACGACGAGGAGAAGAAGGUCACAGGUGGGAGGAACGGGUAUGGUGCUAAACUCUGCAACAUCUUCAGCACAAAGUUUUCAGUGGAAACCGCCUGUAAAGAGUACAGACACAGCUUCAAGCAGACUUGGCAGAACAACAUGACCAAGACAGCCGACCCCAAAAUCAAGUUCUUUGACGGGGAGGAUUUCACUUGCGUCACGUUCCAGCCGGACCUGUCCAAAUUUAAGAUGGACAAGCUGGACAAAGACAUAGUGGCCCUGGUCACCCGGAGGGCCUACGACAUCGCCGGCUCCUGCAAGGGGGUCAAGGUCAUGCUCAAUGGGAAGAAACUGCCUGUGACGGGGUUCCGCAGCUACGUGGACCUGUAUGUGAAGGACAAGCUGGAUGAGACGGGCGUGGCCCUGAAGGUGGUGAACGAGGCUGUGAACGAGCGCUGGGAGGUGUGUCUCACCAUGAGCGAGAAGGGCUUCCAGCAAAUCAGCUUCGUCAACAGCAUCGCCACCACAAAGGGUGGCCGGCACAUUGACUAUGUGGUGGACCAAAUCGUUGCCAAGCUGAUUGAAGUGGUGAAGAAAAAGAACAAAGCUGGAGUUACGGUGAAACCCUUCCAGGUGAAGAACCACAUCUGGGUGUUUGUGAACGCGCUGAUCGAGAACCCCACCUUUGACUCCCAGACCAAGGAGAACAUGACCCUGCAGACCAAGAGCUUUGGCUCCAAAUGUCCCCUGUCCGACAAGUUCAUUAGGGCGGCUACCAACUGUGGAAUAGUGGAGAGUAUCCUGAACUGGGUGAAGUUUAAGGCCCAGACUCAACUGAACAAGAAGUGCUCCUCUGUGAAGCACAGCAAGAUCAAAGGAAUCCCCAAACUGGAUGACGCCAAUGAUGCUGGUGGUAAACACUCGUCUGAGUGCACGCUGAUCCUGACAGAGGGGGACUCAGCCAAGUCUCUGGCCGUCUCGGGCCUGGGCGUGAUUGGACGAGACCGCUACGGAGUCUUCCCCCUCAGAGGAAAGAUCUUGAACGUCCGAGAGGCCACUCACAAGCAGAUCAUGGAGAACGCUGAGAUCAACAACAUCAUCAAGAUCGUGGGGCUCCAGUACAAGAAGAGUUACGAAGACCCCGAGUCCCUGAGGACGCUACGCUACGGCAAGAUCAUGAUCAUGACCGAUCAGGAUCAAGACGGCUCCCAUAUCAAAGGGCUGCUGAUCAACUUCUUCCACCACAACUGGCCGUCUCUGCUGAAGCACACCUUCUUGGAGGAGUUCAUCACGCCCAUCGUCAAGGUGAACAAGAAUAAGCAAGAGUUCGCCUUCUACAGUAUUCCUGAGUUUGAUGAGUGGAAGAAACAGACAGACAAUUUCAAAACCUGGCAUAUAAAGUACUACAAAGGUUUGGGUACAAGCACGAGCAAGGAGGCCAAAGAGUACUUUGCAGACAUGGAGAAGCAUCGGAUCAUGUUCCGAUACAUGGGGAACGAGGACGAUGCUGCCAUCACGCUGGCCUUCAGUAAGAAGAAGACGGACGACAGGAAGGAGUGGCUGACCAACUUCAUGGAGGACAGGCGUCAGAGGAGGAUGCACGGCCUACCUGAGCAAUACCUCUAUGGGACCCAAACAAAGCACCUAUCCUACAAUGACUUCAUCAACAAAGAGCUGAUCCUCUUCUCCAACUCCGACAACGAGAGAUCCAUCCCGUCCUUAGUUGACGGGCUGAAGCCGGGCCAGAGGAAGGUGCUGUUCACCUGCCUGAAGAGGAACGACAAGAGGGAGGUGAAGGUGGCCCAGCUGGCCGGCUCCGUGGCCGAGAUGUCUGCCUACCACCACGGAGAGCAAGCCCUGAUGAUGACCAUCGUGAACUUGGCGCAGAACUUCGUGGGCAGCAACAACGCCAACAUCCUGCAGCCUCUGGGCCAGUUUGGGACCCGCAUCAACGGGGGCAAGGACGCUGCCAGCCCUCGUUACAUCUUCACCAUGCUCAGUCCCUUGGCCAAGCUGCUGUUCCCGCCUCUGGACUCCAGCCUGCUGAAGUUCCUGUACGAUGACAACCAGAAGGUGGAGCCAGAGUGGUACAUUCCCAUCAUCCCCAUGGUGCUGGUGAACGGAGCCGAGGGCAUCGGGACAGGCUGGGCCUGCAAGAUCCCAAACUACGACGUGCGCGAGAUCGUCAACAACAUCUACCGCAUGCUCAGCCACCAGGACCCCCUGCCAAUGCUCCCUAGCUAUAAGAACUUCAAAGGCGUUAUUCACGAGUUGGGCCAGAACCAGUUCAUGGUCAGCGGGGAGGUGUCGGUCCUGGACAAGAACACCAUCGAGAUCACCGAGCUCCCAGUACGCACCUGGACACAGGCCUACAAGGAGUCUGUCCUGGAGCCCAUGCUGCAGGGCACAGAGAAGACCCCUGCCCUCAUCAACGACUACAAGGAGUACCACACCGACUCCACCGUCAAGUUUGUGGUGCGCAUGUCUGAGGAGAAGCUGGCCCAGGCAGAGGCUGCCGGCCUCCACAAGGUCUUCAAGCUGCAGUCCAGCCUCACCUGCAACUCCAUGGUGUUGUUCGACCACAUGGGCUGUCUGAAGAGGUACGACUCGGUCCAGGACAUUCUGAAGGAGUUCUUUGAGCUCCGGCUGCAGUACUACAGACUCAGAAAAGACUGGCUGGUGGGCAGCCUCGGGGCCGAAGCAGCCAAACUGUCCAAUCAGGCGCGAUUCGUUCUGGAGAAGAUUGAAGGAAGGAUUUCAAUUGAGAACAAGUCGAAACGAGAGCUGAUCAGAAUGCUUGUUCAGAAGGGCUACGAGUCGGACCCGGUGGUUGCCUGGACUAAGGCCCAGGAAAAGGCGCUGGAAGAGGACGAGCGCGAUGGGAACGACAGCGACGCCUCGGUGGACUCGGGCUCCACGUCGGGACCCAACUUCAACUACAUCCUCAACAUGCCCCUGUGGUGCCUGUCCAAGGAGAAGGUGGACGAGCUCCUCAAGCAGAGGGACCACAAGAAAUCGGAGCUGGGUGACCUGCAGAGGAAGUCUCCGGACGACCUGUGGAAGGGGGACCUGGCUGUGUUCGUGGAGGAGCUGGAGCGCGUGGAGGCCCAGGAGCGAGAGGACCAGAGCACAGGGAAGGGCGUGAAGCUGGUGAAGGGCAAGGUGGGCAAGCCCAAGGUGAAGAAGAUGCACCUGGAGGAGACCCUGCCCUCGCCCUACGGCCGCAGGGUGGAGCCCACCAUCACCCAGGCCAUGAAGGCCGAAGCCUGCAAGAAGAUGACCAACCGCAAGAAGAAGGGCGACUCUGACCUGGUGGUGAAGAUGGAGUUUGAUGAUGAGACGGCAGGCCUGGGAGCCGAGGGGGGCACGGGGGAGAACUCCCUCAACUCCACCAGCGGCUCCACCAAGCCCAAGGUCCCACGCGUCAAGAAGGAGAGGGAGAAGAAGGAGCCAGGUGCCCCCAGAGCUCCCAGGAAACCAGCAACCCCCAAAGGAACCCCUGCCAAGAAGGUGAAGAAGCGCAACCCCUGGUCCGAGGAUGAGUCCAAGUCCGACAGCGACAUAGAGGAUAGUGAGCCUGUGGUCAUUCCCAGAGACACCAAGUCCCAGAGGGCAUCAGCCGCCAAGCCCAAGUACACCUUCGACUUCUCAGAGGAGGAGGACGAGGACGCGGACGAGAACGGGGAGGACGAGGCGGCCUCCUCGCCCGUCCAGUCCUUCAAAGAUAGCUUUGCUGCGUCCGAGGGGACAAAGAGGCGCUACGACGACGAAGACGAGGACGAAGAGGAGGACGUCUACCCGCCUCCCAAACAGUCCACCACGACGUCUAUUUCUGCUGCAAAGAAAAAUAAAGAGGCAGACGUCUUCUCCUCCAAAACGGCGUUCUCUGAAAAGAGCAAUGACAGUGACGGUCCAAAGUUUGACAGCGACGAGGACGCAGAUGGUCCCAUCUUCUCCUCCUACUCCAGCAGCUCCGCCUUCGACAAACCUGCCCCAGCUAAGAAAGCCAAGAAGCCAUCAGAGGCAGCUCCCAAACCCAGGAAAGCACCGGCGCCCAAAGCAAAGAAGCCCGACAAAUCAGUGUGGGACUCUGACUCAGACACUGGCUCCAAGAAGCAGUCUGCACCAGCACUCAAAGGAAAAGGCAGGGGGAGGAAGAGGAAGCCGUCUGGCUCAGGGGAGGACGACUACAGUCCCAUGAAGAAGGCUGGCAAAGCCCCCACCAGCAAAGUCAGCAAGUCGAAGAAGGCAGCCCCGACCCGGCCGGCCGUGUCGGACGAGGAGGACGUGGACAGCUUCAGCCUGUCGGACGCAGCCUCCCGGGACCGCUCGGGCCGCGCCAAGAAGGAGGUCAAGUACUUUGCCGAGUCUGGGGACGAGGACGAGGACCAGUACGACAUGUUUGAUUAGACGGCCACAGAGACACUCCCGUGGGUGUCGACCCCUCCUCCCGUCCUGCCUCUCCGCAGACUUUUGUACAUUACCAACACUCCCUUCAUUUUAUUUUUCCUUAACUGGUGACGUUCAAUGCUUUAUACUGUGUAGUUGUUUUACACUUUUUAUUAUACAUAUACAGUUUUGUUUUGUUUUUUUUAUUCUCAUUGAAAUGGUAUGUAUUUGUCCUAAGCGGCUUUUAGAACUUUAGAUUGCUGUGCUUUAGCACAUUUUAACUGUUAAAGUAAGAGACCUAUGUACCUUUUUGACAAUGAACUUGGAAGUAAACAAUUAAUUGUAAAUUA